CAGCAAGCCCAGUACAGCCCUACCAUAUUGUAGUACACAUUGAUGUGAUACGGACUUUUAUCUCUGGCUGGCUGCAUACGCGUGGCAGCCUCGUGCCCACUGACUCAUCCGCCGUUUGCUGUACACGGCUGGCUGCACUACAAUCAUAAAUCGUGGAUAGUACCGUUAACGUUAGUUCGGAUUCUUUUUUUUACAUCUCUGGCUGGCUGUAUACGCGUGGCAGCGUGCCCAUUGGCUCAUCCGCCGUUUGCUGUACUACAAUCAUACAUCGUGGAUAGUACAUGUUAGUUCGGACACUUUUUUGUCCCUGGCUGGCUGCAUACGCGUGGACGCCGCUGUUGAUUGUAGCCUCGCGAUGAACGCGACACCAUUGAAUCAGAAUCUCACCAGGAAUGUUUACUAAAUCUCACAGCAUCAUCCAAUAGUAUAUCAAUCGCCGUGAGCAUUACUAGUCUGUCUCCACAUCAUGGGUCCCCGGGCCCCUCAGGUUAUCAAGGACGAAAGUCCUGUCAAAGUACUACCCCCCCGGCGUGAACUUCCCCCUCCGGAAUUCACGUCUCUUGUAAUGAACGUACUCAUUUUUUUGGCGUUUGGAUGCUCAGAUCUUCAUGAUCAUUGGAACUCCCUUCAAUCAGAUCGAGCCUUUGAAGCCCUUAGGAGGAAGUUGUGCUCUAUCCUGGGUAGCACUAUCACCACGGCAAGUGUCCUCCUCGCGAUAAGCGUUGCCUUCGUCAGUACGGCGUCUCCUGUGCCGUACCUGAAUUACUCAACACCUACUCCCUAUUGUCUACUCUUUAUGUCUCUCAUGCUCGCCAUAAUCGCGAUAUUGACAUCCGGCUCAAGUAUGAUGCGCUGGUUACAUACUGAUCGACGGUGGAUUCAAAAACAACUCAAGCAAGGCAGCUUCUUGGUCUUGUUCCACCUAUUGUCGAUAAUCGUGCCUAUAUUCUUCGUUGUCUGUUCCCUGAAUUGUCUCGUAUCUGCGAUGUUAACAGCAGGCCUUUCGUCUCACAGCACGGCCUCCCGCGCCGUUACGGCGUUCUGUCUCAUAAUAUAUGUCCUCAACAUUGGGACAAUAUUGAUGGAAGCUGUGUGGAAGUAUCACGCUAGGCGUCAACCUAUUUCUCCCACACUUCCUUGUUAGUAAAGAUGAGCUGCGCUCCAACAUCUGGACACCCGUUUCGGGUUAGUAAAGACGAGCUGCGCUCCAACAUCUGGACACCCGUUUCAGGUUAGUAAAGACGAGCUGCGCUCCAGUUGGACGAUCAACGUGUAUGCGAGCACACCACGUUGAUCUAGGGCUUUGUAAGCCGCAUGGGAUUUCCGUUUGACACUCCAUAGCACCAGGCCAGACCCGUGCGCAAACACAUAGAUAGCAUCUUGAAAUUCACACAUUUCUUGACUUCCCUUUUUUGACACUUGCCGCCGGAUAUUUCCAGAAAAGGAACAGAAAAGUCACUUAUAAGAAAGCACUUGAAUUAUGC